UCAUGCGCCGCCACCCACUCAAAUCUCUCAGGAUCCAUUCCCCAACCCAAGCAGCCUCCGACCCCCUCCUGGUUUUCAGCACAGCCGCACCUGAUCCCCUCUCCUCCCUCCAUGGAGUCGUCACAGCCGACGAACCCAGCCACCAGGACCGGCCUCCUCCCUGUCCUUUCUCCUCCUUCCCGAGGUUUCUUCUCCUCUAACCUCUCUCUCCCUCCCGUUCCUCUCGCAGGAGCUCGCCGCCGCUGCCGUGGAUUUGGAGCAGCGCCGCCAUCGAGCUUAGUCCGCGGCCGCCGUUGCCCGGAUCCAGUGAUGGCCGACCUGUUUCACACGUUUCGCCGCCCGCCGGACCUCCCUCCGUGCUGCUCCCGUCCCAGGCCGCCAAGCCACGCCAUGGUGCCACCACCAGGACCUUCGCAUGCGCUACCGCCAUGGAUUGGAUCCGGCCGGAGCGGCACAUCCGCCUCACCUCCCGUCCUCUGCUGCUUUCCUCCCCCAUGCCCGGAUCCGCCGCCGAGCCGUCCCGGAGUCACGCGCCAAGUCUGCCGCCCGGCGCGCCUUGCCGCCUCGCUUGUCAGGGAGACGACUAGUACCUGGCUCGUCAACGCUCCAAUCGUUGACCCGCUGCCCGAUCUCACGCCCGUCAUGGUUACGAGCGCCCGACGCGAACCGGCCUCGCCUAGGCCCAACGCCACCUCGUCCUUCCACUCAGCAAGUGGGCCGUCUCACCACCGACCUGCCUCAAGGCCCGAUGUUGGUACCGAUAACGUCGUGUGGUGAGGAUUCGUUCGACUUCGUCCGUUUGUCUUCUUCA